AUGGAGCGACGUAAAACUGAUCUGGAUGAUUCCCUUUUCAGGCAGUCAGACGCGAGCAGCGACGAUGAACGACCGCAGCGUAAAAAGCUGAAAUUUCAAAACUCCUAUACUAAAAAACGUGCCAUAGUCUCGGCGUUCUUGGAUACGGAAGCGCAGGUGGGCGACGAGGAAGAUGAAGACAACUAUGACGAUGAUCUAUUCCUUCCUGACGAGUCGACGGAGGCGGAGAGCCUCGAGAAUCGAAGCCGACUUCGCAGGCUACGGGAUGAAGGUGAUCGCAAGGAAGACCAACGCCGUGUUGGUGGCGCAGGACUUUUGGAAAAUGCCAUCGACAAGCUGACAAAGAGAUAUCAGGACAUGACGUUUGAGGAUGACGAGGACGAUUUCAUAGACGACGAUGGUACCGGAACUGGACAGGACUACAGUGUCAUUGAGGAUGCAAGCGUUCUCAUGCCGGACUUAAACGACCCCAAAUUAUGGAUGUUGAAACUCAACAAAACACAUUCUUCCAAGCUGGUCGCCAUCAGCCUACUGAACAAGUUCCUUAAACUCCAAAGCCAAGGGCGCCAUCUAGGGGUGUAUUCCUGUUUUGCGCCGGAUGGAGUCAAAGGGUUUCUUUAUAUAGAAGCCGAUACAAAAAACGCCAUCAUCGAUGCUUUUUCAGAUUUUCGUAACAUAAACCUUGGGAAGCUAAAAAUGGUGCCCAUCAACGAAGUUUCAAGCAUCUACGCCAUGGAAUCGCAACAGCAAAUCGUACCACUCAUUGGGGAAUAUGUACGCAUAAAGUCAGGUCGAUAUGCUGGUGACCUAGCGCAGAUAUAUGACUCCGAUGAGCUGAAUGGGAUAGUGGUAGUUAAGGUCAUACCUAGGCUUCAGGAGGAAAACAACGAUGUGGAUCCACCCCUUGGUGACGACGGAAUGCCUCUGUCAAAGGGGAGUAAUGAAAACAGUGUGAAUAAAAUAAAGCCCAAACUUUACGUGAAGCGCCUGUUUGACCGCGAGGCCGUAGAGCUGAAGGGCGGCUUUAUAGAACAAGGUUUUACACCUGGCACCUUCCGAUACAACAACAUGACAUUUCUGGAUGCAGGUUUCCUACUACUACGUAUUAGUGUACGCAAAAUAAUUGUCGGAUCCGCCGUUGAUGCAACACUCUCGGAGCUCAAAGAGUUCAAUUUGGAAGAUAAUUACGGGAAUGUGACAAACGUUAUCAGGAGCUCAAAUCUGCACCUAUUUAGGUUGGGCGAGAAGAUACGCGUAGCUCGCGGCGAAUUAAUCAAUGUGAUUGGGCACAUUGCUAGCAUACAUAACGAAGAAAUCGAGAUUCAGCCGGAGGAUGCUAGCAUCCCAAAUUUUCGUAUACACCCAUCAUCGAUCAUAAAACAUUUUCAAGAGGGGGACAAUGUCCGCAUCAUCGACGGAAUAAACCGUGGAGAGUCGGGGUUGAUUUCUCUGGUGGACUUUGAAAAAAGAAAUGCCAUUGUCUUCUCGCCUCAUAAGUCCGAACAGUUCAAAGUGAAACUCGACUACCUGGUUCUCAUUAAGGAGUCCAUAAGUUUCGAGUCUCUGGGGUCGCUUAACGGUUACUUUCUCGGUGAUCUAGUACAGUCAUCUAAGGGGGAAGUAGGAAUAAUUGUCUCAAUUUCCAAAAGCUGUUUCAACGUACUUCUAGAUACCAAUGUUGAGGUUAAAAUGGUCAUCUCCGAUAUACUCUGUAAGCGUAGUUCAUUCGGGUAUAGUUCAAAGGAUGUAAACAAUUCUACUCUAUACACUCACAACAAAAUCCUUAUUGUCAACGGCCCCUAUAAGAACAAACAGGGUGUAGUUAAACAUCUGUGGAAAAACAAAUGUUUUGUACAGUUGGAAAAAAGUGUUUACUUAGUCGUAGACAGCAGCAUGGUGUUGAACAUGAGCAUCAGCGAAACGCAGAACCCCCUGGAACAACGCGGAGGGUACGAGAAGGUGAACGAAUUGCGCGACAAAAGCAAGAUUCGCAUACCUAACAAGUUUAUAGGGAAAACAGUCAAAAUACUAGUUGGCAGACACAAGGGACUAUUGGGAGAUGUCAUAUCGGUGGAUCAGACCGAGUUUACAAUCAUCCUUAAGGUCAAACCAAAGGUUGUACGUAUCAAAAAGGUUGACGUCACCAUCCUGGACAACCGAGACCUCAUGGUCAACAAGAUGCGUUACGCGAGUUCCCUGGCUGACGUCACUCCCAAACCUGCGCAACGCUUCAGUCAGGCUGAUAGACAAGACACUCGAUGGGUUAAGAAAGGUGUCGUCGUACGUAUAACUGGCAAUGGAGAGUACCAGAAUAAAAUUGGUAUAAUCGAUGAAGUGGUAGAGAAUCAGGCAGAUACGGACCUACAGAUCGUCCAUGUCUUCGUCGACGAGGAUUACAUCGCAAUCGCCACAGAGUCGGUAGAGGUGAUGCGUCCUACGAAACAGCACCAAGUAGUCAUGAUGUUCAGAGAAGGAGAUCUGAUCGGUAGCGUGGUAUCCGUCGACGGAACUCACUUAACCGUCAAACUGGAGGACGGCACAGAAGUGGAGGAAGCUGUGGACAAUGUGGCAUUAUAUGGUUCACUGAACAUUUGA